UGUCCGCCUGUGCGCGCAGUAUACCUCAUUAUUUUGCUUGAUUAAUUAUUUUCUCAAUGAAUACUAUAUAGUGUGUUUUAACUUGACGUGCCGAAGAGAACAGAAAGUGCUUCUCUUGUCUACGAUGGAUGGACUCAGCUUACAAAAAAGUGCAGAUUUGUACGGCUUGCCAAUUCAAUAGGAGAUCUAUACAACUUCCGUCCAGGUCUCAACAAUGUUCCCUUUGUUGGCAAUGGUAAGCUGCGAAAUCGCAUAGCUAACCAAGGCGAAGUAGCGUCAGAUGGGGAAUUUCCUUAUCAAGUAUCAAUUCAGUGGGAUUAUCCGGAAACCCACAUGCACAUGUGUGGUGGUUCGCUUAUUUCGACAAUCCAUGUGCUAACAGCAGCUCACUGUUUUCAAGAGGACAUUGAUGCUGGUGCGUUCUCGAUACCUGUUAGUGUCGAAGUAGGUUCAACAGUUAUAGGACAAGGACAGAGGUUCGGAAUCAAAAGAGUAUCAUACUAUGCUGGUUACGGGAAUCGUUUGUCAGGAAAAUCAAACGAAAAUGACAUCGGUGUGGUCCACCUUUCAUCGCCCGUCACAAUCUCAAGUACAGUGGCUACAAUAAACUUGCCAGCACCCUAUACACCGGUUCUUCCACUAACUCCAGUAAUUCUGACUGGUUUUGGCACUUGGUACUUUGGAACUUCCAAGGUAUCAGGUCCAAUGUCACCAGUGCUCAAGAGAUUGGAUGCUGUGAUUGUAUCCACAACUGAGUGCGAUCAAUAUUAUAAGGAAAAAAUGGGAAGUUACGUGAGUUCUGAUAAAAUUUGCGCAAAGAGAGGGCCAGGAUAUGGCGCGUGCAGGGGUGACAGUGGUGGUCCCCUAGUAGACAGCACGAAAAGCAUAGUCCUUGGUGUCGUCUCCGGCGGCGAUGCAGAGUGUUCUAACGGGCAACCAGAUACCUACACUGAUGUAUCCCAAUUCAUUCCCUAUAUUUAUGAAGAACUAUACUAUGUCCCAGGGACUGUUAAUCAACAUCCAGCAAUCAAUAUAGAAUGGUCUAUACAGCAAAAUUCAAUUCCAACAAACCAAAUUUAUUUGUCUCAAAACCAAUAUCCUACAUAUUGGUUGGGAUACCAAUAAUCGUAACUCUUAGCGAACGGAUUAACAAACGCUGUAAAUUCUUAGAUUAAUAACUUAUGAUUGUGAUAUAAUACUUUUUCUUCUACCUGAUAAAAUUUCUUUUUAUAAAUACGUAUAUUUUUUUAUUAUUAAGAAAUAAAAUCAAGAAAAAAUUAUCUAAAUGGUGAUGCAAUGUUUAAAUAAAACUUUUAAAUUUCUUUUUUAAUGGCACUUGCUGUCUACGGAAAAUUGAUUCAAUUAAGAGAAAUCCUGUUAAAAUUAACAAAAUUAAUGUAUUUGUUUUUAUUCUUAAUUUGUUUUGCGUAAAAAGAGGAAAAGUAAGGAUAGAAUCGAAGAUUUUCAAAUACUGCAAGUAGAAAAAUGGCGUAUUCGCUUCUUAAACGUAACGUAGAUGAGUUCGAAGUCAAAUCUUUAUCUUUGAAAUAAACUUUGAAAUAUCUAGUUAUAAAUUUUAAACAAGAAAGAUCUCAUUUAUUCACGAAUAAAAAAAUGUUAUCAAGAAAUAUUUUGUAUAAAGAU